CCAUCGUGAGGGACCUGGAGAUGAAGCAUGCGGCACAACAGCGCGACAGGAGCUCCAACGGGGACCUCUUGCACGAGAACGAGGAACUGCACAAGGACGUCUCGAUCAUCCGAGCGGCGCUGGAUCGGGAGAAGGAGAGAUACUCCAACCUGUUCUCGCAGAUGCACGAGGAGCUCGCCCUGCUGAAGCGUCAGGCAGCCAGCAGCUCAGCAGAUACUUCGGAGCGAGGGAGCCAUUCGGUGGUCAAAACUUGGUACAGAGGAAGCAAGAAGGAGGAGGAGUACACGAGCAGGAUAUCGAAGCUCGAGGCUUCUCUGGCCAAGAUCACAACGGAGCGAGACAAGCUGAAACUCGAGAACGAGUCGCUACAAGGAGAAACUCAGGACAAGGAACAGAAGAUCCGCUCGCAGAAAGAUGCUGAGAAGCAUCAGUCGCAACUAGAGAUGGACAAGAAGCAAGCGAUCCAAGAGCUCCGAGAGUAUGAGAUGGAGGUCGAGAGGCUGCACGAGGAGAAGGAGAAGUUCAGGAGCCAGCUCUCGGAGGCAGAGAGAGAAAACGAAGAGCUGAGGGGGAGGCUGAGGACGAUGGAGCUGACAAGAAGCUCAUCGCACUCUGAGAAUGGAAACAAUCUGGUUGACGAGCUGGAAAGCAGACUGAAGGAGAAGGAAAAAGCUUACAGCAAGCUGCAGAAGGAACAUAAAAGACUGCAAAUCCUUGCAGCAAGUAGAUCCGGCGGAUCUAUCCGAUGAUCGAUGGCGAGGUCUUCGGUUUCGAGCGCUGUAUUCUUCAAGUAAACCUUAUAGCAUCU